AUGCUUAAGCUCAUGAUCUUGCCGACUCAAACGGCUAAGUACUCUUCCAAUGCCUUGGUUGAGCAACUUAGUUUGGGACCUUGCAACUGGGCCAGUUGGUAUGGUCAGUGCUUCCUCUGGUACAAGCUGCUCCUCUGCUUCAAGCUCUCCAGCUGCUUCCUGGCCCAAUUCUUUAUCAACCUCCUCCAUGUUCAUAUCACCAAGUCUAGAGCACCAAAUCUACAUUUCUCGCUAAAGACCAAACCGGAGCAUCCGAAGUACGACCGCAUAUUCAUGCCUUCCCGACGUCCAAAAGUCAUGAUUCUUAUAUGGAAAGAUAGAUAUUUGAGUCAUGACCCGCGGCGAAGUGGAAAGAGGUCAUUUGGAUCACUCGUUGGACCGGAACUUAUUUUCUACCAAGACAUGUCCGACGAGCGCCUAAGUAGAGCCCAUGGAGACUUUGAUGGAUCAAGAGGCCCGAGAUACCGCGCCCAAGGCCUUGGCUCGUCUUGA